AUGUUUACAAAAGAGCAAGCUGAUCAGUUUGAUAAAGAAGGAUGUAUUUGUAUACCAGAUUAUCUCUCUGAGGAGGACAUUUCCAAAUUGCUGAAUUAUACCCAUAAGCUAAUUGAUGAAUUUGAUGCCAGUUCACAUCCCUUAACCAAGUUUACCACAGGAGAUAAUGAUAAUGAAGGUCAUGUCGGUGAUGAUUAUUUCCUAAACAGUUCAGAUAAGAUUAGUUUUUUCAUGGAGCCUGGUGCUUUCAACGAAAGAAACGAAUUGACCAAACCAAAAGAUAAGGCUAUAAAUAAGAUUGGUCAUGGGCUUCAUUUAGAUCCUGUAUUCUAUCCAUAUACUAUAAAUCCAACAACCAAAGAGAUUGUUGAUAAAUUAGGGUUUCAAGAUCCAAGAGUUUUACAAAGCAUGAUAAUAUGUAAACAACCAGAGAUUGGUGGUGAAGUUCCAAGUCACCAAGAUGGAACUUUUCUAUUUACAAAACCUCAAAGUGCUAUAGGAUUUUGGAUCGCAUUAGAAGAUUGUGAUGAGAAUAAUGGAUGUUUGAGCUAUUUACCGGGGAGUCAUAAGUUGGUUCCUAUUCAAAAAAGAUUUGUUAAAAAGGAAGGAGGUGGUACUGGAUUUAUUUAUUUUAAUGAAGAGCAACGUGAUGAAUAUGAUAAUGAUGAGAAAGAUUAUGUAAAGAUCAAAUGUCGGAAAGGUUCCUUGAUUUUGAUUCAUAAUUCAGUGUUGCAUAGAUCUAAUUUGAAUUUUUCUGAUAGCUCAAGAUAUGCUUAUGCCUUUCAUGUUAUUGAUGGUGCUGCUGAAUAUGAUGAAUUGAAUUGGUUACAAGUACCACCUUCAGGAGGUGCAAAUUUUACAAAAUUGGAGUUAUAA